AUGUAUUUGUCACGGAGAAAAAGACUUAAGUGUAGCAGGAUUCUGUUCUUUCUCUCGGGGGUCCUGUUGUGUUGUAUCUACCAACUGAGCCUCAGGGCAAGACUGACAGACCCCUGGGCAGAGCCACAGAUUGGGGAGGACAAUGGGGAGGAUCCGGAAAAUGGAACUGAUUCCACCAACAUUGAGGUGACAUUAUCUAACCACACAGUGGCAGAGAGUUUAACAGAAGCUUCAGCAAUGACCACUGAAAUCCUCCCGUCUACGACCACGAACCGGACUAACCUCAGGCACUGCAUCUAUGUAGACCCAGAGCCUCCCGUAUCCACGCCAACUCCUGCCCCCAGUGUUCCCAAAACCACCCCCUCCACCCCUGGGGAUGCCCCGCACAUGAAGGGCGAGUACCCCCAGGACAUCUUUUCAAUAGAGCAGCGACGCCAGGGCUGGGUGAUCCUGCACAUCUUCGGCAUGAUCUACAUGUUCGUGGCCUUGGCCAUCGUCUGCGACGAGUUUUUCGUGCCCACUCUGGGGGUCAUCACAGACAAGCUUCAGAUCUCAGACGACGUGGCGGGGGCCACCUUCAUGGCGGCGGGGGGGUCCGCCCCAGAGCUCUUCACCUCCCUCAUUGGGGUGUUCAUCUCGCACAGCAACGUGGGCAUCGGCACCAUCGUGGGCUCGGCCGUCUUCAACAUCCUGUUCGUCAUCGGGAUGUGCGCCCUCUUCUCGCGGGAGAUGCUCCACCUCACCUGGUGGCCCCUCUUCAGGGACGUGUCCUUCUACAUCCUGGACCUCAUCAUGCUCAUCAUCUUCUUCCUGGACAACAUCAUCGCGUGGUGGGAGAGCAUGCUGCUGGUGGCGGGGUACGCCUCCUACGUAAUGUUCAUGAAAAACAACGUGGAGUUCGAGCAGGCCUUCAAGGACGAGAUCAGAAAACACAAGAAUAUUGUCAAGAUCAUCGCUGUGGAGGAGCCAGAUGAGGAUGAAGAAUCACAUGGAGAGGACAAUAAACCUCCUGAAAAUCAAGAUGGAAAGAAUCGAUUAAUGCCGAAGCCUGCUCUGCAGCGAGGGGGUAGCUCUGCCUCCUUACACAACAGCACCAUGAGGAGCACCAUCUUCCAGCUGAUGAUCCACACAUUGGACCCGCUGGGGGAAGAAAUGGUCUUUAAUGGGGAUUUAAAAGCUGGGAGGUCAGAACAGGGGAACGUGAAGUUUAAGGACAAGGCUGAGAUCCUCAACAACAUGGUGAAGGGGAAGGGCGAAGGCAAGGCUGAAGAGAAAACUGGAGACAAAAAAAGUGAGCCUCCCCCAGCCAAGGAGGAGGAGAAAAAGGGGCAGAAAGACGAAGAGAAGGAAAAGGCAGGAUCUGGCUCAGGGGGUUCAGAUGGGUCGGACGACUCGGAUGACAGCGACGACUCGGAUGACAGCGACGAAGACGACAGUGACAGCGACAGCGACGACGACAGCGACGAUGAUGACAAAGAGGAAGAUAUCGAGGAGCCGCUGUCUCUGGAGUGGCCGGACACCAGGCGCAAACAGGCCACCUUCCUCUUCCUGCUGCCCAUUGUCUUCCCACUGUGGCUGACUGUCCCUGACGUUCGCAACCCGGCCUCCAAGAAGUUCUUUGCAAUCACUUUCCUGGGUUCCAUUAUCUGGAUUGCAGUGUUCUCGUACCUGAUGGUGUGGUGGGCACAUCAGGUGGGUGAGACGAUUGGCAUCUCGGAGGAGAUCAUGGGCCUGACCAUCCUGGCAGCUGGCACCUCCAUCCCCGACCUCAUCACCAGCGUAAUCGUGGCCCGCAAAGGCCUGGGAGACAUGGCCGUGUCCAGCUCGGUGGGCAGCAACAUAUUCGACAUCACCAUGGGGCUGCCUGUGCCCUGGCUCCUGUACUCCACCUUCAAUGACUUUAAGCCCGUGCCGGUGAGCAGUAAUGGGCUCUUCUGCGCCAUCGUGCUGCUCUUCCUCAUGCUCCUCUUCGUCAUCCUCUCCAUCGCCGCCUGUAAGUGGAAGAUGAACAAGAUGCUGGGCUUCACCAUGUUCUUGCUGUACUUCAUCUUCCUGGUUCUCAGCGUCAUGCUGGAGGACCGCAUCAUCGUCUGUCCCGUGUCCAUCUGA